AUGCAGAGGGCUCCUUCCAAAAGGUGGGUCAGUUCCAUGUCCAAGAAUAUCUACGACGACUGGGAGGAUGAUGAUGAUGAUGAUGAUUAUAUAGAAGAAGAGGAAGAGGAAGAGGAAGAACAACAAGAGAGAUCUAAUACUGUAUCACUACCCCAGCACACAGAAGUCGAGAAAAUUGAGGAAGAAACACCCAAGAGCCAUGCUAUAUUGGAAUAUACCCCACCAAUUGCUCCUUUACCAAGUACUGUACCGGCCGAAAGCAUAAACCCCCCAGCUCAACAGGAAUUUAAGGAACCUCAGCACAUCAAGAAGUUGCACGAUGUUGAAAUUAGUGAAACCAAGCCUGAAGUUGAAAUUACUAGAGAAACCGAACCAGAAGCUACCUCUGGUAAUGUAUCAUUAGAUUCUGUGGAAGAAUAUAGACAAAAAACAGAAGAGGAACGUUUUGAACGUCAACAGAACUUGAACUUGAUGGAGAGUCUUUACAAGAGUAUCUCCAACCAGUUGGAGAACAGGGAAGAGGAUGAUGAGGAUGACAAAAUAAGCGAAAACAGUUGGGAUGACGAUUAUCAAGAAGAUAUCAAUAAACCAACUAUCAUUCACCCAAAGGAAGAAGAAGAACCCAUCACUAUUGCAGACCAAAAGGAAUUACCACUUGAUCCAAUGGACUAUCCAGUAUCACCACGGUUUGCUCAAUCAAGACCUAUAUCAAAUACUAAGAGAAUCAGUGAUGUUUCGAAACUAGAUAAAAAUUUUGAGGAUUUAUUUGAAGAUUUCGAGAACCUUCAGUUUUCAGCAAAUGAUACUUCUAAAGAUAUUAUCAGUGGUCAACUAUUACAAGAAGGGAUCCACCCUAUUAGUGAGGAAGAAACGGCUCCAUUGCGCGCUUCCAGAUCGCCAUCUAUUAAAGAAGAUGACUUGCUGUACGGGGGUGAUGUUGCGCCAGAACCAUAUCAUAUCAAUGAGAACCCUAUGGAAAGGGAGCCUGAAGCGUAUGCUAAUGAUAUCGUUGAUGAAGUUGAUUUAUCAGACUCAGAAGAUGAGGCUGAUGCUUUCAGAACUAGCCAAGGCGCGUGGUCCUCUGUUGACGAUGUUAAACCGAGCAUUAAGGUUUCAAGCCCAAUAAAACCUCUGGCACUCUUAGAGGAGGAGGAGAGUGACAGAAACUCCCUAGCUGAUUCUAUUGCCAAUAGUGAAGAUUUCAAUGAACCUUCUCUGAUAUUAUAUAAAGAGAUAAAUAUGCCAGAAAUUCAGGAAGAGGCUGGUUCACAAGAUGUUUCCAAGAGUGCUGCUCAACUUCCAGGGAACAUGGAAGAAGUCUACACAGAACCGAGUCUUAAUGAAACUCCAAAUAUUGGGGCCUUUAAAAAUAGAUCUGACCAUUAUGAACCAAAUGGGGAAGAAGAAAAAGAAGAAGUAGAAGAUCAAGUAAUGAUAGGAGAAGAAUAUGAUGAUGAGGAUGACGAAGAAGAAGAAGAAGAAGAAGAAGAAGAAGAAGAAGAAGAAGAAGAAGAAGAAGAAGAAGAAGAAGAAGAAGAAGAAGAAGAAGAAGGGCUGGCAUUUAACACCGGUAAAGGUAUAUGGGUGUCAGAAGGUUCUAGUAAUAUUAUUCAACCUCCAAGCCUCAAAUUGGAAGAUGAAACUGCCGAUAAUAGUUACGAAGAUUCCAUGGCUGAUAGUACCCAAUUUGAUGUCACUGAGAAUAUCAACCAGACUAAGGUUCCAGAAGAAAAGGCUGAUGAAUUGAAGAACGCUAACAAUGUUGAUCUCGAGGAAAAUGAUUAUAAUAAUAGUGAUAAUAAUCCCAUGGAAACAGGAAGGGUAUUCGGUGAUAAUUUUGCUUCUGCCGAUGACAACGAAUCAAUCUUUACCGAUAAUCCUUCGGAAUUCAGAACAUCAAUUUACAAAAAUGAUUUCAUUAAAAGAACUCAACAGGCACAUGAUAAGUUUGAUGCUGCUGCCUUGUCAUCAAUCAUGCGCAACGCAACACAGGAUUCGAAUAAUGGUGCAACAUCGGCACGGGAUAUUUUGAAAGACGAUGAAUCGUGGCUGCAAUCUCUGAAUGAGAAAUUUGGUCUCCCUCCUGCUCCUGUUUCCUUUGCUAAGGAAUAUUUAGGCAUGUCAGAUGAUGAUGAAGACGAUGAUGAAGAACAAGAAGCUGAUACGGCCUUCAGAACUAGUAAUGGAAUUUGGUCAUCUGAACCCAUACCAGAAAUGAAAUUUACUAAUCAAUUGACGGAGUCUAAGGAGGAAGAGACCUCAGCGCCAGUAUUUACCAAUAAUAUUUCAAAAGACCUAAUAGACUCAGAAAUAAAGCAAUCAGGGAAUGAGGUUGAUUCUAUAGCUUCAACAAUAGAUACUGCGCCAUCCACUGAUCCUAUUGAACCACCACUCAACGAUGUGAAAACUGACUUGAUUUCUACGCAACAAGUUUCCCUCCUCAAAACAACUCCUAUGGCAAAAAAGAGAACCUCUGAGUUGAUUUCGGUGCAGAAAAACCUAUCAACCGACAAAAUUAGUAGGUCUACCAGCAAUGUCAGCCAGGUUAGCCAUAAGAACUUCACGACCACAACCCCAUUGACCAAAGUGACCUCAACUUUUGAAAAAGAUGAUAUCCCAACACCCCCACAAACACCAGGUACUGAAGCCAAUAAGGAUAUCGAGACCCCUAGGAAACUAUCAACUGAUAAGGAUGCUGAUUCUCCAGCAGUCCCACCAAAGGACGAACUCACGUCAUUUUCCCCAAAACAGUUCCAUCCAAUCCAACAUAACAUGCAACAGAUUUUUGAUCAUAGCGGUGAACAAGUUCAUGAAAUUUUGCGGAAAGUUCGUGAGGAUGAAUACCUUCAUGACUCUGGUCUUCAAAUAUGGUUAGAAGCUACUUUGAAAUCGAGCGCUAAUACCCCUAAAUUAUCGGCGUUGGAAAUUGGGCCAAAUACCAAAGCUGCGUACGAUAUUGUUCAGCAGCAUAAUGCAGGUACCAACCAUAGUUCUACCAGUUCCAGCAGAAGAAUGUCUCUUAAUUCGCGGAUCAAUUAUGGCUCGCAUAGAUUUCUUAAAGGAACAAUCAAUGUUAAUAAGAAUGUCAAAGGAAAAAUUACCAGAAAUCUCUUCAAGAGAGAUAAAUGA